AGUGUUUGUUUAUAUUAUCGUAACGCCACGCCAUAUUAGUAUGAAUGCGGCACCGCAUACGUAGUAUAGUAUCUCUCAUAUGGGCAACGCCCGGCGCCGGCGCGGUAGGGAGCGUAGACUUUCUUUGUUUGGAUUGUGCUUGCUAUACCACAAUGAUUUGUCAUGAAUACCGCCUUGAGUAAAUCGGAGGAAUUCUUUGAAGCCGUCAAGUCCAACGACAUAAAUAAAGUUGACGAGCUGCUGUCCUCGGCGAUAGUAGAUGUUAAUUUGAAAAAUCCUAAAGAAAAGGGUCGAACAGCACUUCACAUCGCUUCUCAUGAGGACUAUUACGAACUGGUUUGCAUGCUAGUAGAUAAAUACCACGCGGAUGUCAACGCAACAGACGAGGAAGGGGAAUUACCACUGCAACUCGCAACAGAUCGUUACUAUAUGAAAAUAGUGAAAUUCCUUCUAAAAAGAAAUUCCAACUUGCAAGAAUACGCUGCUCGAUAUCUCAACAGCGAGCCGGUUGAAGAACUAAUUACAGCAGCUGAAUCAAAUGAUAUAAACAAAGUUGCUCAGCUGGUGACAUCAGGAGUCGACGUAAAUUCCGAGGAUAGAUCGAACUAUAAUCAAACUGUUCUGGAGGUUGCUGCAGAUAAAGGGUUCUACGAGCUAGCUGUAGCACUGGUUGACGAACACGGCGCCGAUUUGCAUCACGAGGACGAGACUGGUGAAUCUGCUUACCACAAAGCUGCAAAUAAUAAACACGAUAACAUAGCCAACUUUCUAGCAGAACGCGGCUAUGUGUAUAAGAAUAAUUACGAUCGUUCGUCUUCCGAAAGUGAUGUAAGCUUGUCUUUUCUGCCGAACUAAAGUGUUUAACCACCUAAAGCCGAGAUUUCCAGACACAAUAGUGUAUAGGUAUAGAUUAGGUAAUAAUACUACGUUUAGUACGGCAACUCGCCGCUCCCCACCAGCGUCUGAGCUAGGUUUACCUCACCCCUCUCGAACAUAGUUUGGUCUUCAAUCGCAUGGCGUCAGCCGUCACACACACAGAUGCGCGUGUACCAUAAUGUCAAUGAGUAGUGUCUGUCUAAAACGAAAUUGUUUGUAUGAAGUGUCCGGGGUGCGACAACAGUGUAUUGGUUUAGGACAUUAGGUCUUAUGACUUUAAAUUCAUUAACGCAUGUUUGUAGAACACUUUGGAGAAAAUGUUGGUGAAUACAAUAGUUUUGAUAAUUAUAAUUUCAAUAGUAAUAUCUUUAUUGAAAAAGCGCAAGUGGUUUCUCACAGACGCGGCCCCUCAACAAACACGACAUCGAUAUAAAGUUAUAAACAUGGAACAUUCUAGAACCUGCAAUUUUUGUGCUAGCACAAAGAAUAGUCUGAAAAGUAUUUUCGAUGACAUAAAAAACAACGCAAGAGUUGAUCUAAUAAACAACCAUGAAUUUAUUACUUGUUUGGAACACACAGCACUAGAGGAUAAUGUAGACGAAGAUGUAAAUGUACUAAUGAAAAGAAAACAAUUGGCAUUUCGGUGCUUGGCCCUUCUCUCGAACUAUGAUAUGAAUAAUGAUUUUUGUUUAACGUUUGUCAAUUCUAUAUAUAACGCACUGCAAAUGGAAGUCCCUUAUUUAAUACAGAGUACAGCUUUCCAAAAUUUAAGCGGAUAUAUAACUACUUGUGGUUUAAAGGAAAAAGUGAAGCUGAUACAAACAUUGAUAAUAUGUUUGACUGAGAGCAAGGUGAACUUUUCAAUUUUCAAAGAGUUUCCGCCUUGUGAAUGGCGCAUUGAGUUACUAAUAUUUGCUCUACUUCGUGACAGUACCGCUCACGUUGAUACUACACGAGAUACAGUCGAUAUAAUCAUAAAAUCUAAAAUAAAUAACGAUAAUUCUGAAAACCUAACUGAAACGAUUUUAGAAAUUUUAUUAAACAACCAAAAUGAACAAGAAUUUGAUAUCCACUUUAUAUAUGAUGUGUUUUUUACAAUUUUCGAUUGUCAUGGUACUGAUACUUUAACUACAUUGGCUUAUAACUUUAAACAAGUACCAAACGAAAUAAAUCAACUUAAAUUGCUGGUGCUUGACAGAAAUUACAGUGAAUACGCAGAAUACCAAAGAUACGAAGUUGAAUUACAGUAUUUCUUGAAAUAUCCCUGGGAUGUAAUACGUGCUCUGGUUGUAGAAAAAACUAAUAAUAUAAAUGAUCUGUUGGAGUUAAAAAAAGUAUUAGAGAUUGUAGAGGUGGACAAGUUGCGUCAAAUUGAAAUAUUCCGAUCACAGCAACCGACAGAUGAACCUGUAAUUAAAUGGAAACACGCAAUAGUUUAUGAAAUUGUUAAAACUGUUAUAUCUGAUGUGUUCACAGCUUACGGAAAUUAUUUUCUGCUUGUGCGUAACUCUGGUCAGCAAUUGGAAAGCACGAGUUUGGUUUCAGACUCCAAAAUUAAAUGCCUUUGUCACAAUUUGAAGAAGAAGACGUGCGUGUUGCACCAGAUAGAUAAGUGCUGUAACUUACUAUAUAUCUUAAAUACUACUCUAGCACGAGUACUCGUCCGUUGUUGUAAUAUAACUGAAAAAGUAAUCCAAGUUGUGGAAAUUUUAAUUACUGGUAUAAAUAAAGAUAAAAGGAUUAUUGAAUUAAUCAAUGCACUGGAUACCCUUGACGAAUAUGAUAUACAAUUUACAGACACAGAAUUCUACAGCUUCUUUACAGAGUUCACUGCUGAAGAUUACGAGCAAUAUAUACACAAAUUCGUCGUGGAUCAUUCGUUUCCAGGAACCUAUGAGAAAUCUGUAGACCAGCUGUUAAAUGAGAUAGAAACUACAAAUCCCGAAACAACAAGUUGCAUUGUAGAAUUGUUUGCAAACAUUGAUGAUUGUUUUAAUAAAAAAUCUGUAUUGUUUGCAGAGAAAGACAAUAUAAAAGAUUGGAAUGAAUCUCAAAUUAAAAUAUGGUCUGUUUUAAUGAAAUUAUCGACCAAACAUAGAGUGCCUACUGAAGAAAAACUAGCUGUGAUCAAAAGAACCGCUGAAGUGACAUUAAAACUCAAACUCAGAGAUAUUCAGCUCCUUUCGGUACUAAUUAUGAUAAAUUCUAUCGAAAAAAAAGGUAGACUGGGGCAAGUUAAUACAGGAGAGGGAAAAACAUUAAUAAUAGCAACACUCGCUGCGUAUUGUGUUUUUAUUGGUCAUAAAGUUGAUAUAUUCACAAGCUCCCCGGUACUGGCAAUACCACAGUCAGGCGAAUUCAAAAAAUUCUACGAUGCUUUAGGCAUAUCCAUGACUCACAACAUUUUACCAAACAGUGACUACAAUUGCGACGUGGUCUACGGAACGAACAAUUCUUUCCAGCGUGAUGCGCUCAAAGAUGAUUUUCGUAAAACCGGUGUAAGAAAGCGACGCAAAUUUGACGUGGCGAUUGUAGAUGAAGUAGAUAAUAUGCUCAUUGAUGGCAAUAACUGGAUUUUACACAUUACAUCUGAUAUGCCCGCGAUGGAUCAUUUAGAGGUGUUGCUAGCAGCAAUAUAUAUUCAAGUUAAGGAAGCAGCGAAUAGUUUGAUUGAAAGAGACGGUACUACAUAUUACUUGUUACAGGAAGAUGCAAUUGACGACAAAGGUAAUGUUAAACCAGAAAUUGAUGUCCAAGAAAUUCCGAUAGAAGGUUCAAAAAAAGAUUUUAUCAUUCAAGCUACCGAAACUCAUAUAAGGAAAGUAAUCCGUGAUACCGAUAAUUGCGCAAAUAUUGAUGAAAAUUAUCCUGAGAUUAAAAUUCCCAAACAUCUAAGAGAAGUUGUUGUUAAAGUUCAAUUGAGGAAAUGGAUCAUAAGCGCUAUUAAUGCUUUAUUCAACUACGAAAUGAAUGAGGAUUAUAUACUUAGAGAUAGUAAAAUAACAAUAGUGGAUGCGGAAAAUACAGGAGUUGUGAAACAAAAUUCUCAUUGGGGUGAUGGUCUCCAUCAGUUUCUUGAGAUAAAACACGGUGCUAAAGUUGCACCAGAAAACUUCACGACCAAUUUCAUAUCAAAUGUAGGUCUGUUUACGAGAUAUUCCAAAAUUUACGGCCUCACUGGAACACUAGGUAGUAAGGAUACGAUAAAUUUCCUCCAAAAUACUUACGAAGUAGGUUCCGUAAUUAUACCUCCUUACAAAUUGAAACAACAUGUACACCUCAAAGAUAUAGUUGUUAAUAAUGAGGAAGAUAAAUACGUAGAAAUUGCUAAAAGUUGUAUUCGCAAACUAAGAAGGGGACGUGCUGUACUUAUAAUUAUGAAAUAUAUUCGAGAAACAGAUCAUUUGGCGGGAAUUUUUAAAACGCGCUUCAAUUAUGACAGCACAAAAAUAAAAUUGUUCAAAACAGAUGACGAAGCCGAUAUUGUUACUAAACCUUUAAAACCGGGUGAUGUUAUCAUAACAACAAACAUAGCUGGACGGGGUACAGAUAUAAAAUUAACUAAAGAUGUUGAACAAAAUGGAGGGUUACAUGUAUGUCUCACUUUUCUCCCGCCGAACACACGGAUCGAACACCAAAACAUUGGCAGGACUUCUAGAAAAGGGUACCGUGGUACCAGUCAAUACAUUAUUUGUCAUCCUACAUGCAGUGAAAUGGGAACACUUAAACGUGUUCGAGGAUUGCAAGAAGAGGGGGCAAUGGCAGGGGCAUCUGAGACGGUCAAAAGAGUAAAGGCAAAAGAACGGAUUUUUCAGAAAUUCUGUGCUCUUCUAGAUAAUAUCAAAGGUCGCAAUACGAUUGUCAAAGCAACGGAAUUGAAAGCUGUUGAAGAACGCUUUGGAAUUUGGCUUGUAUUAAAUGAAGAUAAGCUUGAUAGAAACAAGGAUCAACUUCUAAACUCUUUUAAUGAUUUUAGAAAUGAAAUUAUGAAAGACGAUGCAGAAAAUGAACUAAUAAAGAAUCCUUAUAUGUAUGUUGAACUUGGCAACUACUACUUGAAAAACAAACAAUUUGAACAAGCCAUUAAAGAAUACACUAGUGCAAUUAUAUUAGAUCAUAAUUUCGCCGAAAAUGCUUACUACAAUCGUGCAUGGGCUUAUAUAGCCCUUUAUGGAUGCAAUAUAAAUAAAUAUGCUGACUUCGUUAAUGACGCAGUUCGUGAUUUGAAAAAAGCUCGAAAAUUGAUACAAGACAGGGAAUACUCUUUGCACUUAAUGCAGACCGCAUCAAAAGGUGACGUAUUUUCGGAACAAAUAAGUCACAAAUUGAACAUAUUCAGUCUCCAGAAGAACACCAUAGACCUCGCUAUUGGGCCUGAUGUAGACGCUAUUAACGAGCAAUUAAAAAAUCUUAGAGAAGACGCAAAAAAUGAAAAAUAUACAACAGAUUACAAAAGUAAAAUAAACGAAGCUAUCAAAAAUCUGGAAGAAAACAAAAAAGAUAUAGGCAUUAUUGAAAGAGCUAAACGUAAUAAUCGAAAUAUAAGAAUCGAAUCUUUAGGUGAUGAUUUUAUGCCAAAACUAGAACAAGAGAGUCAUAAAGAUGAAAUUGAAGAGUUUACAAGAAAUGGAUGGACAGGCGCUUUUAAAAUUAGUGAAAUAAAACCAAUACCUUGGACAUCUGUGAUAAGUUUGCUUGGAAUAGGUUUAGGGCAAAUAAUUAUCGGAGCAGCACUCACCGUAUUUACUCUUGGAGCAGGAGCAACAAUUGGUGCAGGGUUGAUUUCUGAAGGAGUCAGCGAUAUAAUAACAGCAAUCAAAGACGGAAUCAUAAACCGUGAUUUCGAUUGGGCCACUUGGGCAUUGAUGAAAGUUAUAAGUGUGGCAGUAUCAGUAGUUUGCGCAGGAUUCAAAGCGAUAAAAGAUGCUGCUCGUACGGCAUAUGCCGGUGCUAAGAAUAUUGCGACAGCAGGAGCCAAAGCAUUUACACAAACAACAAAACAAGGUUGGAAGAUUGUUGCGAAAAAAAUGGGACUAGAGAUGGCAAAGGGGGUAGGGAAAGAAAUUGUGACAAAUUUAGUCACUUAUGGAAUAAACAAAACAAUUUUACCGAUGAUUGAAGAGAUAAUUAUAGAACAAGUUAGAAACCCAAUACAAGAUGCAUUGAUAAAUAAUUCUAAAGUAGCAGAAAUGCUAAAGUUAGACGAAAAAAGCAAUGACAACCAUUAUGAAAGUCAAAUAAUGAUGAAAGCUCAAAUGUUAUUAAAUCCUAAAACUAAUUCUCAGCUAAAGGUUAUUGCGACUUCGAUUGCUACUCGUGUAGCAGACCAAAAAGGGCUAGCUGUUACAAGGCAAGUUUGCACUGGGUUAAUAGGAAUAUUUGAAUUGUCAACAUUUACCUCAAAUUUCAUCAGUAAAAUGAAUCGGUCAAUUGAUGAAAUAUCUAUCAAAAAGGAAGAUAAAGAUAGUAACGAAACGGGUCAUACUACAGGCGUUAAAAAUGAAGUUGAAAGAGAACACGUCAAAGAACAACAAAGUUGCAAAAAUACAGAUGGUGAUCUUGAUUUAAAUAAGCUUGGAAUAGCAGAAGAACAGGUUCAGCUCCAAAAGAAAGUACGCACUACCGACAACCUAUCUGAUCAACUUGCUGGGAUGGUAUCUACGAACAUGUUACAUGUUCUUAAGGAUAAGAUAAUUUCGCCCAUUACUCAAAUGGGAGUAAACUACACAGUAGAGACGAUGACAUCAAAGGUAACCAAACAAUUAGAGGAAAACACAAAAAACUAUAGAGCACAUAAAAAUGUCAUACAUUAUCAAAAUAGUAGUAAUGCAAGUUCUAGCCACGAAACAGGGAAUGAUUAUAAUAAGAAAGACAUAGACAAAAAAGUCGAUGACAUAAUACAGAAGGUUGAGAACGGCGAACCAGCUGGACUGGUACAUUUAGGUGCACUUAGCGAUGCUACUAACAGACCUAUUGAAGUGUACGAUGAGAAAGGAAGGUUAAAAUAUACCAUAGGCGACACAAAAAAAUCUAAACCUAUAGAAGUCCAAUAUCACGCUCCAGAAAACGAUUCAGGAACUGGUCAUUACACUCGAAAAGGUUGUCAAGAGCCUUUCAAAACAGGAAAAGGGACUAACAUGUGUUUGUUUAACGUCAUCGCAGAACAAACAGGCCAGAACCCGAACCAAUUGAAACAAAAAACUGUAGAUAUUAUGAAGAAGAAUAAAACCAACCUGGGUAACCAAAUUAAACAUAUAAAAAGACUUGAAAUGUACGAUAGAUCUAAUUUGAUAGAAGGUGGUGCACAAUUUAACGCAAGAAAUGUUGAUCAAGCCAUUCACUUUCUUAGGAACUCAAAUGGAGUUAUUGGUUUUGAUAAUAUUAAUCCUGCCCACAAUGAUAUACAUAUUCCAUUCAAAGGCCAGACUAUACAUAAGUUAAACGCCGUUGCCGACGAAACAGGAAGACAGAUAGAAAUUUACGACAAGAAAGGCAAUUUAGCUUACAUAAUCGGAGAGGCCAAAGAGAAUUCUGAACCAAUACAACUGCAAUAUCACAAACCCAAGGGCGAUAUUUCAGCCGAGUGGUUUUCCUCUGUCGGUGGCAACGAAAAGUACUAUUUCCAUGAUCCUAACGAUAACACGUUUUACAACAUAAUAGGCGCUCAAACCGGAAGAAACCCAACGGUUUUGCAAACUGCUACUUUAUCUAGGAUAGAAAGAAUGACGGUCCCUCCUGGAACUUGCAUUGAAAACGAAACUUUGUCCAAAGGGCGAAAAACAGGAUUCAUAAACGAAGGCGAGCAAGGCCGAGUUUUGCGCCACGCUAUGGAAACACCCGUGGUGAAACAGAAACUUGCAGAACUUAACAAAUACAAGCCAGGAUUCAAUGAUUCCAGACAGUAUAAGAAACAAGUGGUGCAUAUUUCUGAAAAGGAACUGAAUUUAACCCGGCCGGCUUACGGCGGUAUUUGGGAAAACGGAAAAUUACAAAUAACUUGGCCCGUUAAAGACGUGGUAGUUGUACUUCAACAUUAUGAUAAACACCAAACUAAUCCAGAUGCCAGGGUUCAUAUACAAACCUUCUAUCCGAAACCACCAUAACCUAUAUUACAACCCGGACCGUACAGCAAACAUCGAUUGAGAUUAUAGGGGCUUAAAAAAGCAUUGCAAUUCAUCUAAAACAAAGAGCUAUAAAAGCAAUAUUUCAUUUUGACAUUUGCGCAUAAAAGUGCGCAAUGCGAACAAAUGUCAAAAGCAAUAUUGCUUUUUUAGAUGAAUUGCUUUGAUGUGGCCUUUUUAACCCCCAUGUCACAUCUUGAGGGAAAAAUGAAAUGACUACUUUCAUCCCAAUUAAUCGAUGAAUUUUCGAUUUAUUUCCACUUAUUCGUAGUUUCAGUUCGACUUCACUUUGCUCUGAAGAAGGCUUCUCUACCUGAAUGUCAGUUAUUGUCACUUUAGUACCACUUUGUCCACUUUAGUACCCACUUUGUCCACAUUGGUACCCACUUUGGUCACUAGUUGAUACGCUACUUUGUCUUGUAAAGACAUACCCCAUAUCUCGAUCGAUGUUUACUAUACCGUGGGCGUUGAGCGCUGAAUAAAUAAAUGCACUAAAUCCUCCGAUCAUUAAAACCGUUACAAAACCAAUUUGUUUAUGAACUAGAACCACUAUUCGACAUGAGUUUGAAUAAUUUGGAUCAUAGAAUAGAUAAUAAAUGUCGU